CUUGUAUGAACGGUCAACGGAAUUAAUACAAAAAAAAAUUGUUUAUUUCAAUUUUCAAGUUUCAACUAACGGUCUAAUGAGUCCUAAUAUUUUAUAAAUUUGUUUUAACUUGAAUAUUAAAACAGCUUAACAAUUGAUUCAAUAAUAUAGUACAAUUGGAUUCUAUAUUAUAGUAACGGUGUAUCAAUUCAUAUCUACCUGUGCUUGUAUCGCUAUAUCAAAGAAAAUGAUUAAAACUGAAAAAUGGUCUGGUGGAACUGAAGAGGAGUAUGAAACCCAGCACUUUGGUUUUGGGUCACAACGACUAAAGAUAGCGGUUCGAGAAAUGGUAGAAGAUAAGAUACGUGCAUCGGUUACAAAGGCUUUUUAUGGUGUUCACAAUACUUUGGGAUUAAACGAAACUGAUGAAGUUUUAUUAGCCCAUACACGCGAGAAACUUAUUCGUCUGUAUUGUAACAAAGCCAGCGCACCAUUGGAUGUUAUUGAUACGGAAAUUGAAAAAAUGCUAAAAAUACCGCCAAAUGUACUUUUACCAGAAGAUGAUGAACAGUCCAAACAGAUUUCUGAAACUGAGUAUAACUUGUUGAAUGAAGAAGUAAAUAAUCUCAAGAAGAAAGUGCUGCGGGGUGCAUUGAUGGAAUCUUGGUUAUCUAAAGAAGAUAAAGAGUUAUCAUCAAUUGAAGAUGUUAUAGAACUCACAAAAAAAGAUAUGGAAGUGGUUGAUGUGAUGCAACAGAAUUUAGAAAGUCCAGAUACUGUUAAAGCUAUGAUUAACACAGUUCAGUUUUUAAGUGCAAGAUUGCCAUUUAUUGAAAUUUAUGAUAAAUUGUAUAAAGAUUAGGGAUAAAGGAGGUUGUUAAAAUGGCUUAUGGGUAUACAGUAUUUUAUAAAUCCAAAGGAAAUCAACAAUUUUCAUGUGACAUACUGGGUGGAUACAAUUUACUAUACAAUGCAAAGUAAGGAUAUAUUUUGAAUAUAUACAUUUUAGAAUGUAUGCUUUUAAGACAUUAUUUACAUAAACAUGUACAUCUCUUAUAGAGGUGAAAUUUUAACAAAAAGAUUUAAUCCAGUAAUUUGAAUUUAUUGUCUAGAUGACAACACUCAUGAUCUAAAUAUUUAUAUAUCUCAGACCUAUUCUAACUUCUAAACGCUUUUACUUACAAAAUUAAAGCAUAAGAAAAUAAGCAUUUGCUUUUUAGAUCAGAUUAA